UAUAAGAUAAUUAAAACUCCGAUGGAUAUGGGAACAAUAAAGAAACGCUUGGAGAAUAACUACUACUGGAACGCUCAAGAAUGUAUCCAGGAUUUUAACACGAUGUUUACAAACUGCUACAUCUACAAUAAGCCAGGGGAUGACAUAGUCUUAAUGGCAGAAGCUCUAGAAAAGCUUUUCCUGCAGAAAAUCUCCGAAAUGACCCAGGAGGAAACGGAAAUCGUUAUAGCCCAGACGAAAGGAAGAGGACGCGCGAGGAAGGAAGCAGUGACCUCCAAACCAGGAUCAUCCACGGUACCGAACGCCACCCAAGCCUCGUCCCCGGCGCCGCCGCAGCCGCCGCAGCAAAACCUCCAGUCGGUGCAGACGACUCAUUCCUUUCCUUCCGUCACCCCACCCCCGCCCCCGCGGCGCCCGGCCCGGGCCCCCCAGCCCAUCCAGCCUCACCCGCCCGUUAUCCCAACACCCGCCCAGCCCGUGAAGACAAAAAAAGGGGUGAAGAGGAAAGCAGACACCACGACGCCCACGACCAUCGACCCAAUUCAUGAAUCGUCAUCGCUGCCCGCCGAACCCAAGUCCGCCAAGCUGGGUCCCCGCCGGGAAAGCAGCCGCCCGGUGAAGCCUCCAAAGAAGGACGUUCCAGACUCUCAACAACACAUGGUAGAAAAGAGUAGCAAAAUAUCCGAGCAGUUAAAAUACUGCAGCGGGAUCAUCAAAGAGAUGUUCGCCAAGAAACACGCUGCCUACGCCUGGCCCUUCUACAAACCUGUGGAUGUGGAAGCGCUGGGACUGCACGAUUAUUGCGAUAUCAUUAAACAUCCCAUGGAUCUGAGCACAAUCAAAUCUAAACUGGAGAACCGGGAAUACCGAGAUGCUCAGGAAUUCGCGGCGGACGUACGAUUGAUGUUCUCCAACUGCUACCAGUACAACCCCGCCGAUCACGAGGUGGUGGCCAUGGCGCGGAAGCUGCAGGACGUGUUCGAGAUGCGCUUCGCCAAGAUGCCGGAUGAACCAGAAGAACCUGUGAUUCCAGCUUCUUCUCCCGUGGUGGUGCCACCUCCCACCAAGGUGGCUCCCCCUUCGUCUAGUGACAGCAGCAGCGAUAGCUCCUCCGACAGCGACAGCUCAUCGGACGACUCGGAGGAAGAGCGAGCUCAGCGGCUAGCGGAGCUCCAGGAACAG